AAAGUAUGUUUCUCUCUCUAACCUCCUCCGGACACAGUCUGAUACGUAUUGCCAGUCCAUACUUAUAAGGUCUAUGAUCUGCACUAUCGGACGCCAUUUUUGCUCCAUCUUAUCUUAUUGAGAUCAAAAUUGCGGUACUUUGUUAAUCUAGUGACUUUAUCAACAAAGCUCUCCAAACUCCAUCUAGCAGAGAUGUGCGUCUCUAUUCUUCUUGAAGCAUGUCAAGAGUAGCAGAUUAGUGAAAUUUUACCUUAUUAUUGUGCACACAUACAUUGUGCUUUUUGUAAACAAAGUAUGGAUAUACGUGUGAUGCAUAAUGAAAGUGAAGAAGGAGAAAUUGUAUCAGACUUUGAAGAAGAUUUCACAGAAGAAUUAUGUAAUUUGCCUCACAUCUUAAAAUUUAUAUGUAAGCUACGUAACCAUAUUAGGAAGCAGCGCAAGAAAAUUAAUAAACUACGAAACAAACUCGAUGAACAGAAACAUCAAAAUUUGCUUUCUGCUAAAACAUUUGUAGACUGUGGGACUCAGACAGAUCCGCUUAAUCUUGAUAAAUCAUUAUUGCAAGACUGGAAUAUUAGUAAUGAUGUUAAAUCAUCUAGUAUAGUAGAUCAAGUAAAGCAAGUAGCAGAAUCAGCUUUAUUUCAAAGCGGUUUUGUUUAUGAAGAAACAUCAGGAAUGUAUUAUGAUUAUAAUACUGGAUACUAUUAUGACACAAGCCAAGGUCUGUAUUAUGAUGGAAAUACUGGGAUAUAUUACUACUAUGAUGAAGCUAGUAAUACCUAUCAAUUCCACAGUCAAGUUUGUGUAAAUGAGGAUACUACUGUACAGCUUCCCAUUUCCCAAAAGAAAGAAGAAAGAAAAACUGGGAAAACAGAUAAGGAUGAUGUAAAAAAACGAAAAAUUAUAAGCGAAGAAGAUUCGGAAGAUAAAGAGCCUGAGGAGGGUGAAUGUUCAGAAAACGAGAAAGACGAUAUUUCUGAUGAAAUAUCUCCUAAUAUAUCUACUAAUAGUGAAAGCGACUCUGAAGAAGAAUCAGAUUUAGCAAAAAGUUAUCCACCUUGUAUGAGGAUUAUUACAAAGGAAACAGAUUUACCAAAAUUAAAAGUAGGCUCUCUUUUUCUCGUGACAUGUAUAGGAGGUACAUUAGGUCGAGAAGGAGAUCAUUCGGUACUAAUACCUGAUAUAAAUGUUAGCAAGCAUCACGCACGUUUUAUAUAUGAUGAAACUAAGAAACAAUACCGUAUAAUAGAUUCUGCUUCAAGAAAUGGUACAUUUUUGGAUGGCAAGAGAUUAUCAGUAGCUAAACAAGAAUCCGAAGCUCAUGAGAUAAAGCAUGGCUCAGUUAUAAAAGUUGGCGGGACAAAACUGUUGUGCCAUAUUCAUAACGGAAAUGAAACGUGCGGUCAUUGCGAGCCAGGCCUCGUGCAACAAAAUAUCAGUCUCGAUGAAAAUAAAGCUUCCAAGAAGGAACUUCACAAAGAAGAAUUACGACGUUUGAAGCACAAGUUUGGAUUUGCAAAAGAUAAUAUCAUAUCUAGUCAAUUGGCUUCGGGUUAUCAAGAUAGAGCGCAAGCUAGGAGACAAUAUGUAGGUUCCUCGCAUCAUCGUGUUAAAACAGAACAGACUUCUGUCCACACAUCGAUCGCGAAGGAUAAUAAAGGAUUCAAAAUACUUUCGAAAAUGGGUUGGUCCGAAGGUCACUCCUUAGGCAAAGACGGGGACGGAAUAACGGAACCCGUAUCUAUCAGAGGCAAUUACAACAAAGCGGGUAUUGGAUCGAGUGAAGCAGACUUUCCCAAUAUCGAACUAGAUUCUAACAUGGAGAAGAAACAGACAAUGUGGCGAAAGACUCAGGAACGUUAUAAAGAAAUAAGGGAUUGAUUUAAUAGGUAUUAUUAAUUCAAAAAAUUGAGAUUUAUAUGUAU